UGUAACCCAGUCUUAUAUGUGUACAUGUCUAUGUAUGUAAAUCUGUAUAUGGUCAGGGUUAUAUAAUCACGUGAUCUUGACAUCCGUGUUGUGUGUUUGACAUAUAUGUUGACAUUGACCUGGACUCGGGACAUCUGCAAUGCGACAAGUACGACACUGACCGGAACUCGCACUGCACGCUCCAAUUUCCCGCCGGACAUAACACUCUAACAUCCGGUCUGAUGACCGCACCAUCAUUAUGUGUUUUGCUCGCGAGGGCAACACAUCGUAGGAAUCAUAAUACUAGCCUUAGCUGCAAAGCUACUGAAGGAUCGGGGUGCCGGAUAGUCUGGUAAGCACAGCAUAUAUGAGUAAACGUGUUUGUGUGUGAGUGUGUUAAUUCUACUUUCGGUUUACCUGUAUUUAAUAUUCGUAUAGUCCGUUUCAUUGUUCUGUGAGUAAGAAUGUGUUUGUAUAUUACAGGUUUCUUGUAUAAAGGAACCCGAUGAAAGGAAUAAAGUAUGUUGCAGAGAAUCGUUGUCCGAUUGAUCUUUAAAAAGAGCCUCAUGUUACAAUGGCGCCCAACGUAAAUUGAUAAAGAAACCAGACGGUAUUCCGGCCAAGAGAGUCCCUUUGCUGGAACAGACUAUAGAGGUGGCGGAAGUGACCAACAUGUGUUGUUUUGACGUCCGUGAGACUGAUGAGUGAUGUACAGUACCUGUGAUUCGUGGAGAGAUGGAGUCGAGGACGCCUCUUUCAGGACCGGGGACCAAGGGAUGAAAGCGGAAUGAACUUUUGAAACUAGUGUAAUCCAAAUCUUGCGAAUUUCAACCCAAGGCAGACCAUUGUGUACCAAUGCAGUUUUCGAGAGAUAACAUGUAUUACAGCAACAGGUUGACAGACAGUAGCGGUUUGGAGUUGUGAGUAAAACUGCAUGUGCAUGGUUCAUUUAUUUUGUAGGUGAUGAAUAGCAAGUUAAGCAAAUAUGUAGAUAAACCCAUUUCUUUCAGUGGUGAUUUGAGUAGGAAACCAAUCAUUUUGACUAGUAGCAAGGGGUUUUCUUUGAAACGAAAUGUGGAUAUUGCUAGCAAGAUAGGUGUAGGUAUUGAAUUUGUUUGUAAGGCAGGUGCAAGAUUUGCAGAUUAUUUACCCUGGUUACAUAAAAAUUUAGAAGCGCGAGUAAAUGUUUUAGGAAACAUUGUGCUGUAUAUAUGGUUAGGUACCUGUGACCUCACUGUUAAGCAGGGUAAAUUUAUUAGUCUGAGGCAUUCCUCCGAUACAUGUGCCCAAAAUUAUCUUGUCCAUUAUAUUACAGAGUUUAGAAAGUUUGUAGCAAAGUUUCCCACUGUAAAGUUGGUUUUUGUAGAAAUACCUCCAUACUCAAUAGUGGAAUGGAAUCGUAGCAAGGGUCAUUGGAAUCCAGAGUCAUUUCGUGAUCAAGACUUUGUAUUGAGAAGUCGAGUUACCUGUUUGAAUGAUUUUUUGCAUUCUAUUAACAGUGACUUGGGGACAAGGUCACCCUGUCUUAGGGUUGAUUUGUUGAAAUAUAGGAAAUCUCGUAAACAGGAGGGUUACAGAGUUUCUAUUCAUUUUCCUUUCUACAAGGAUGGAAUUCAUCCCGGCACAUUGUUAGCAAGAUGUUGGAUGAAAAAGUUUGUGGAAGCCAUUCUGACUGACUGUCUAUAGAUAAACUUGGAAUAUCUAUUGUUUUUCAUUGGAUUGCUUGUAUUUUGUUGUGUAUUUUCAAGUAGAUUGUUUAAAGAAUGCACACUACGUCACUGGCAUGGCAAUAGACUCAAGUACCUUGUAGGUAGGGGUCGCCCAAUCACUCGGAAACUUGUGUCAGUAUAUUGUUUAUGCCAAGUGUAGGCGUGUCACUAUUUUUCUUCAUUUUUAAUAUUGUAUAUAUUGUAGGUAAUAGUUGAAGUUACUCCACCUUAACAUUUGGAUUAGUUGUAUAUAUCAGUAUUUUCUCAAACUAAACCAACAUGUCUCUGACACAAGAGGAGUUGCACAUGAUCAGUGUAUUGAGUAAGAGUGGAAAGUUCAAAAUAACUCCAUUAGUCCAGUUACCCUCUAGUACUCCUUAUAAGAAAGAACCAGAUUUCGAGGAAUUCACUGAUACAGAAGAUGAGAGUGAACUUCCAGGAAUAGGUAACAACCUUCAAAAAGGUGCUUUGGUACCAAAUAGGGAUGUAGGACACUUGUCUGGUAGUGUGAAUGAGGGUCGUGAUCAUUAUGCUGUUCAAGGAGUUCCCAAGAUACCACCUUUCUCUGGUGAGGAUCUUAAAGGGGAUGUGACCUUUGGGGAGUGGCGAUAUGAGGUACGCUGUCUCCAGCAUGAUCCAGAUAUUUCUCAGAACCUACUCAUGCAGGCUAUCAGGAGAUCAUUAAAAGGGGUUGCUAGGCGGAUGCUUAGGUCUUUGGGAGAGACAGCCACUGUAGGAGAUAUUUUAGAAAAAUUGGAUACUUUGUUUGGUGAUGUGUCUACAAAUGGAAUGAUAAUGCAGGAGUUUUUCAGUUGUUAUCAAUUGAAGGAUGAGAGUGUUACCAAUUUUGGGUGUCGGUUAGAAAACAUGCUUCAGGUAGCAAUUGAGGGUGGUUAUUUAGAUCGAGCUGCCAAGGGAGAGCUACUCCGGCACAAGUUUUGGACAUCUUUGUCCUCAACAGAGCUCAAAAGCCAGACUCUUUAA